CGGUGAAAAUUUCGCCAUCACGCUUCAUACUGUACUUUAUACUCCUAAAACAUUUCGACAAAGAUAAAGCAAGCAAGAAGUAAGGUAAGAUUUUUAACUUUUAUUCCAUUAUCCAGCUGAUUUUCUAAGAACAACGAGCCAAAAUAAAACGAGUUGUUGAGACUAUGACAGGUUAAACUCUGCUACGUUCCAUAAUUUUAAUUAGGGCUGAUCCAACCCAAUAAACUUCAAAUAACGUUUGGAAAAAUUACUCUAUCAAUCCCUAUAUAUUUAGCUUUCUUAAGAAUUUUUCAUUGAAUUUUAUUACAAAUAGAAAAACCUUCGACAGUGAUUUCAGUUAGCAGGUGUCACUGCUGGUAUAAAUACGAAAACGAGGCAUAAGUUGAAAUACCUGCUGCUACUAUUACACACAGCCGUACGCCACACUUUAGGGAAAUUCUACCUUUCCUGCCCUCUCUUUUACUUCAUUGUUCGAGCGAGAUCUGGGAGUGUCUCUCUGUGCACAUGGGCUCACAGUCCAAGGUCCAAGACAGCCAAGACCCAAGCCAAGAACACUCACAGUCUUGGCUUAGGCUGGACCCCUCUUUUCCUUGUUUCCCUUUUAUUUUCUUUACUUCUUCUUCUUCUUUUUUUUUUUCUACUACAACAUGUACAAUACAAGCUCUCGUGAAAACCCGAGAGAAUCAAACCGAAAGGACCAAUUUCGUUCCCUCGGAGUUUUCGCCCCAUUCCAUGGGUCUUCUUCCUCCUGCUACACCAGAAUAUUGCCAUCUCAACGGAAAAGUGUCAACAAUAUUGUCGCUGAUUGUAUUCUAGGAAUAGGAAAAAGCUGACUUGAUUUUGUUCUGUGCCUUUUGAUGCGGUUUGACCCUCUGCGAAAGAUGACAGCUCGUACACUAGUUUGCCUUUUGGCGUUGCUUCACACAAUUCUCUCUGUGAAAGGUUAGUGCUUGCGCGCUUGAGUGACCCUAGUGUAGCACAUUCUGCACACGUAACUUACAACCAUUGAAAGAAUAUAAAGGAAACUUCUACCGAUGAUUUCUCUCACAGAAACCAUCUCUUGGGGCUUUGACGGUUUCAACCUAAAGCACGUGUACUUAUGAGCAAGAGUUUAUAAACUGCUCAGUUUAUGAAGGAUAUCUUGUAAUGAGUCAUUAAGAAGGUAAUUUUUUCUCUUAUCUAGAGCGUGGGACAAAGGGAAAAUUUUGAGUCCCCAUGAGGAAUCGAACUUAAGAACUUCGGAUUCAGUCCGUGCUCCGGCGCUGUACCGCUGAGCCACAGCUAGAGAAAUCUAUAGUAAAUUCGACCAGAACUUGCGUCGGUUGCGUUAACUAUACAAUUUGGGCCUUAAUUGCUUGACUCAAGAAAAUUUGAACGGAGGAUUCAAGAGCUCUACCGCUGAGCCACAGAGACUUUGCGGUUAGCUAAUACAGUGUCCCCAUAUCUAACACUCAUCCUACAGACUGCUAAAAUCAGUAUUGUUGGAAGCCUCCCGUGAGUUAAUUGAAUGAUUAUAACAGGAAUAAUUUUCACAGGUUGUGACCACUGCGAGUGCGACCAUAGAGGGGCUCUGUCGUCUUGCCAACUGGUUGCCCCUCAGUGUAAGCCCCAUCAUGAUCUUGUCCCUGAAGCAACAAUGUGUGAUGCAAGGGGGCUGAAAUGCUGCCGAAUGACUUGUGAUGGACCUGGAACGAUGUGUUUACCUGAAGAGGGUCGUUCGAGUUCAACAUAUGCUGAUUUAGGAACCAAGACUUGUAAAGAAGGGUUUAUAUGCGUAAAGGCUGCGUCUCGUCUUAGGAAAAAGUUACGGAUUCCAUGAUGUCAUUGCUCAUGGUUAAGAUAAUUGAGGUCAAAUAUAUAAUUUUUUAAAAUUUCUUUUGGACGCCUAUGAGAUGUGAAUUAUGCUAUUCAGAUAGGUAGUCAUCGAAAACAAUCAAUUUUAUGCUUGUUUUCGAACAGAGUAUCUUUUGUUUAAACUGG